AUGAGGUGCUGGAGUCCCUCCACAUCGACUUGGAGGCGAACGCGGAACGCGCCCCGCAGGGAAAAGCUUUCAACGCCACGCUGCAACACACUGCCGUUCAAUUGGAGUUCUGCCAAAAUGGCUGAGACAGGGAAUGCAGCUGAAGUUGGAGGACCUUCGCACCCUCGAGACGGAAAUCAUGUGGCUGCGCACGCUGCGUGCCAAGGGUAUUGUGGGGCGCAGGAGACAGCUCCUGCGGUCUGCCCUGCGCAAGCUGGCGCAUUUUGCGCGGCAGACGUCGGCCAUGCUGCAGGUGCAACAGCGUUUCAACACCGGAACGUUGGAGAGCCGUCGGCUGACGCUCGUGGAAGGCGUCAUUAA